CCGCACCAAAAGCCUACAACUUCAUGUAGCUAGCCCCAUUCUCGCAUUUAUCCACUUCAAAACAUUUUCACAUACAAAAGAAAAAUGUCAACCCAACCCUCGGCAGUUCCUACCUCUCCUCAAAAUUCAACUUGCAAAGAUAGCCGUUCUACAUCUGGUUAUCAUCCUUGCAUUUGGAGGGAUCAUUUUCUCAAGCAUUCCUUCAACUUCAUGAAAAUUGAUGCCAAAACUCAACAAGAAUAUGAAGAACUGAAGCAACAAGUAAGGAGAACGUUGCUAGAUGAUGCCACCUUUGAUCCUUCAAAGAAACUUUGUUUGAUUGAUGCAGUACAACGCUUAGGCAUUUCUUACCAUUUUGAGACUGAAAUCGAAAAUGCCUUGGAGAAGAUAUAUCUUGGUGGUGCUGAUAGUAUUGAAUCUAAUUUGUAUAUUGUUGCUCUUUGGUUUCGGUUACUUAGACAACAAGGGAUCAAAGUUUCAUCUGAGAUGUUCAAGAAAUUCAUGGAUGAGGAAGGAAAUUUCAAGGAAGAUUUAGUGAAUGAUGUGCUUGGAAUGUUGAAUCUAUAUGAGGCUGCACAUCUUUGUGUGCAUGGAGAAGAUAUCUUGGAUGAAGCCAUUGCAUUCACUACCUCACACCUUGAAUUGAUGGCAACAAAAGUAAGCCCUUUGCUUGCAGAACAAAUAGCUCAUGCCUUGAAUCGCCCCAUCCAAAAAAGCUUACCAAGAGUAGAAGCAAGGCAUUACAUAUCUUUGUACUCAAGAGAUGAUCAUUUCAUCUCCUCUAAUGCAGCACUGCUUAAAUUUGCAAAGAUUGAUUUCAAUGUGCUACAAGCGUGCCACCUAAAGGAGCUGAGUGGCAUUAUGGAGUGGAGGAAAAAAUUGGAUUUGUAUACAACAAAGAUGCUUUAUGCAAGGGACAGAGCGUUGGAGUGCUACUUUUGGACAUUGGGAGUUUACUUCGAGCCUAAAUACUCCUUAGGAAGGACCUUUUUGACUAAAGUAGUAAGCUUGACAUCUAUUUUGGAUGAUACUUAUGACAACUAUGGGACAAUUGAAGAACUCGAUCUCUUGACCAAGUGUACUGAAAGGUGGGACAUUGAUGUCAUAAAUCAACUUCCAGAAUAUAUGAAAUUGAUUUAUGAGGAACUUUUAAACGUUUAUAGUGAAAUGGAAGUGGAAGUUGAAAAAGAAGGAAGAUCAUAUGCUGUGGAUUAUGCAAAAGAGUUCAUGAAACGAGUAGUGAAAGGUUACUUUGAUGAAGCCAAGUGGUGCCAAGAAGGCUUCAUUCCACCCCUGGAAGAGUAUAUGCAGACAGCCCUCAUAACUUGUGGAUAUCCAAUGCUCAUAACAAAUUCCCUUGUUGGCAUGGGAGAAAUUGCAUCCAAAGAAGCCUUUGAUUGGAUCUCUAAUGACCCUAAAAUGGUUAAAGCUUGUGCAAUUAUAUGUAGACUCAUGGAUGAUAUUGUCUCGCAUGAGUUCGAGCAAUCACGAGUUCAUGUUGCAUCCGCUAUUGAAUGCUAUAUGAAGCAAUAUGGUGUUUCAAAGGAAGAGACAGUGAAAGUUUUUCGAGAAGAAAUUGACAAUGCAUGGAAAGAUGUCAAUGAAGAGUUCAUGAAACCAACAGCUCUUCCUAUGCCUAUCCUGACUCGAGUUCUCAACUUUGCUCGGGUCAUGGAUGUCAUAUACAAGGAUGAUGAUGGCUAUGCAAACUCUCACAUUAUAAAGGACCAAAUUGCUUUGCUGCUCGUGGAUCCUGUUCUCAUGUGAAAGAGUGUUGAUCCCCGUACCGCCUUUGGAAUUAAAGUAAAACUAGUGAUUGUUUUGCCCACCAUAAAAAAGUGGCUUUAAUUUUAUUUCUGUCUUUCAAUAAAAGAUACGCAUCCUUAAUUAGCUGUCCUAGUAGUAAGUUUGAACCAAACACGUGGCUGAGACCAUGAUUCGAAUCCUCUUGUAGUGAUUCCUGUGCUCCCAAUUUUCAUUGUCCCAAAAAAAAUAGAAGAUCUUAUAAUGU